AAAAAAUGCACGUACAAGCUCUUGCUGUUUCAUUCAUCAUCUUGACUCUUGUUUCUUUUUUGACUGCAUUCGAUUCUUUCAAACUAUUGGAAAGUCAAAUGGACCAACAAGGCAACAACAACUAUUGUUGCUUACCAAAUGUCCACUCCUACAACUCAUCCUUCAACAUUGUGGCCAUAAAUGAUGUCAACCAAACUUUGGCUCUUUCUGAAGGUUCUUCUUCCUUCUUUGGUGAUUACAAUCUUGGAAAGAUCAGACAAUCCGGUUCAUUUUCAAUCUCUGGUAAGGUUUACUCAUUCACAUUGUGGGAUUUCAAAGUUAGUGAAACAAUUAGUGUAGAAUAUCGUGUGCCAUUCGAAGGUAUUUGUUCAUGUGUGAAAGUGAAUACAGAUCCAAGCAAGUGGCAACCAUCUUGUGUUCCAAAGAGUGGAAAGAUUACAAAGGGAAAGAUUGGUCAAUAUAAUGCCAAUAGAAUUGAAGCUGUUAACAAGUAUGGACAAGAUGCUGAAUAUUGGGUUUUUAAUGAUGAGCGAAUUGAGAGUGGAAAAUGUUGGAUUUUGAAUGUGAAUACUUUUACAUUCACUGGUAAUGAGCAAGUUGUAUAUUAUGAUCAAACAGAGAAGGUAGAUGCUGAUGUUUUCAAGGUUCCAAGUUAUUGUCCAACUUUGGAGAAGUGUUUAGCUCAUUAAUAGAGAAAGCAAACCUUGAUUUAUUAUUAAAUUGAAUGUCAACAUAAUAAUAAUAAAUCAUCUUAUAUAUUUAUUGUUGC